CAUGUGAAUAGAGUGCCCAAAGGACAUGCACAUAAAGUGAUACAAAACAGCACAUGGGGCAGUGUACUCAAUAGUGUCCUACUGUGCAGAGAGAUUGGAGGAGGGAGAGCUGGCAAAACCAGUUACACAUACCUGGCCACUGUGUCCUGCCUCGCAGCACAAAAUAAUGUGACCUGCUGAACUGGGUAUCAUGUACUAGCCUAGGUCUCUGCCAAGGGUGACAGACUUUUUAAUCAUAUUGUGUGUGGAUUCAACUCAUGUUUAGAGCCAGCCAUGCCAGAAAACACUUUCAAAUUUGUUUAAAAAUUGUCAUGCAAACAGGCCCUUUGGAAUGGAUUCUUCUUUUUCUUUUCAAAGACAUUGGCAUUUAUUAAAAGUGAAAGAAUUGAAUGGAAUUCCCUUGAUUUUUGUCAGGGGUUUUUGUAAGACCCCUGUGUUGCUUGCUGUUCCUAAACUGUAUAUUUGUUUGCACUUCCUUCUCCCUAUUCUCCUUCCUCACUUCCUCAGACUUCCCUCUAACAAGCAAAUUCUUUGGAUACCAAAACCCUUUUGCAGAAAAGGCAAAAUACAUAUGGUUUACUAUUCAUUUUUGGAAACAGUUGCUACUAAGACUGAGUUGAACGUGAGGGGUCAGUUGCUUGAAAGAACUUUCAAAAAUCCAUUUUGGUUUGAAGUCCUAAGCUGACAGAGGCUGGGCCUAUCAUAGCUGACUAAAAUGUGACAAAGGAGUAUAACUAUUGCCUGCAAGUCCACACUUUUUUCCUUCCAGAAAGAGUAAAGGUAAUGUUGCAUUAAAAUAAUUACUGUAUAAUAAAACUCAUAUGUACAAAUGGUAUAUAGUCAGCAUCAGAAGUCAUCAUCAUUGUGAUGAUAGGACAAUUGACAUCCUUCUAAUCUGCUUCCCCCGCUCCCUUCCCUAAUAGCCAUAUUAAAUUCAUUCAGCUUUCGGAUCUAUAUGGGAUUUAUCUGUCAGUGCAGUUCUGUAAACACAACCUGGUAACUGAAAAUCAAGAUUAUUUGUUUCUGCUUCUUACAUCAGCAACUAGAACUUAUUUGGCAGUUCAGCUAAUGAUGUGUGAGACAAAAUGGAAAAUAACCGAUCCACUUGUAGCUAUAUCUUCUCUGCAAUGCUGGCAGAAAGAAAAAUGUUUAUCAGUAAACUCAGCACAUUUGACUGAGAAGAUACAUAAGGCGCACACAUUGUAAAAGACUAAUUUUACAAUCUAGGCUAACAGAACUUUAAAGCAAUCUGUAUCUAAUGAUAUAGAAUACUUUUCUUGGUGUGUUCAUGAUACAGUAUUAUUGGAAUCAUUUUCCCCAAUAAAUAGUAACUAUUGAUGAGUUUGACAGUGAAUAUGUUGAGUCACGUAUGCUUAUCAUAAAAUAGCUCUUCUGUGUCUGAAUGGAAUUCUUAUUAUCAGCAAUAGAUAGUGAAGUACGUACUUCCCAAGUUUGUAUUACAAUCUUGUAAUGGAAUGUGUUCCAGUGGAUCUUAGCAAAUCACAGCAAGUCAUUCUAACUCCUCUGCUGGUGAACUUUUAACUUGAAACUCUAGCAGAGAGCUCAGCAAGCCUGGCUAACUGAUGUGAAACUGUGGAAGUAAAUCACUUUGCUGGGAACAAGGGGAAGUCCUGCAUAUUGUUUCUUACAGCUUUGUUGUCUGCAGCUUCUCUGCACUAUAGCAGUUGAUUUUUUUAAAAUAAGAAUUAAAUUAAUUGGGUUUCUAAUUAUGGAAAAUAUGGCAUUCCAAAGCAGAGCUCACUCCUAUAUGAUUCCAGAGAAUGAAGAAGUUCCACACAGGGGUAUUCAUGAUGUCCAUAAUACCAAUGGAAAUGAAAGCGAGAAAGCAGUGUCAAAAUUACAACGUAGGCACAGUGACAUAAAAGUAUACAAAGAAUUUUGUGAUUUUUAUGCAAGAUUUAAUAUGGCAAAUGCUCUUGCAAAUGCCAUAUGUGAGCGCUGCAAAGGGGGCUUUGCACCUGCUGAGAAGAUUGUUAACAGCAAUGGUGAACUGUACCAUGAACAGUGUUUUGUGUGUGCCCAGUGCUUUCAGCAGUUCCCUGAAGGGCUCUUUUACGAGUUUGAAGGAAGGAAGUAUUGUGAACAUGAUUUUCAGAUGCUUUUUGCCCCUUGCUGUCAUCAGUGUGGGGUGCCUCUAAUUGAUAAUUGUAAGGCAGCUACAUGGCACUCAGUCCACACAUUUAUUAGACACUGUGCCUUAGUACAGGACUCCUCUGCUGAUGCAUCUUUUGGAACAGCAGUCCUUUGUUCAGCUCUGCCAUCUACAACCUCUCGCCCUCCUAUUUGAGUACUUCUUGUCAAUCAUCCACAGUGGAAUACACAUAGGAAUCAGCACUCAGAAGAACCUCCCGUUACUAAAUAUAAGUAACUUUUUUUUCCAGUUUUUCUGAGCGUCAAUAAAAUUAGACGUGGUCUUCAAAAAUUACCAUGUUAGACAGACCAACAGAGAAAUGACAUCAAAUUGAGUGUGAGGCCUCAUUUUGCUUGGCCAGCAAGAAGUGCAUAUAUCAUCACAUGAUUUGUGUUGUAUCCCAUUCACCCAUCCUUCAGGAGAUGGUAUGCUCUUCAGAGCCGGGACUGAAUCUUUCUUUGCAUUUUUAAAGUGCCUAGAGCCUUUGGGAACUACUAGAGUAUAAAUAAAAACAAAAAUCCUGCUAAUCUACUAGUUUACUCAGAGAAGAAAGGAGAAAGUAAUUAGGAAAAAGUCAUGCAGAAUAAAGAACUGCAUGAAUAUCAAAACAACAUAAGAGAUCAGAUGACUGGAAAAGGUGAGGGGUGGUAAAAGAAAAACUCAGAUAUACAGAAAAUGAAGUGUAUGAAGGAGGGUGGAUGAAUGAAGUAUUAGCUAGAAGGGGAAGUGCUUUGUUAGUAAGGGAAUUUGCUUGGAUUUUUAGCCAAGAAUAAGGUUGAGAACCAGAGCCCCUGGAGCCAUAUACCUGAACCCGCAAGCUGGGAGUUUUUUGUUUUUUUUGUUGUUUUUUUUUUUUUUUACUUUGUCUGAUACAGUGUUACUUAAAGCACUUUGGUAUUUAGAACAACUUUGUUUUAUUUUUUAACAUCCAGAUAUUUUAUUUA